UUUCCUAACGGGCGCUACUGUUUUCCUCUUUUCUUACGCUCCACACCUGUGCAAUACUCCCCAAGUGGACAUCGCGGGUACGCUAAGAUUCAGGCCAGCCCAGGAAACCACCUAUCGGGAGACGUAACGCAACGCUUGGGCAACUAAUAAGCCUAGAUUCAUACAACGUACCUCGACUCUUCACUUCGCAAGAUACCGGGCCGUCACUUGGCUUUCUACACUGCUUUUCCCGACCCGGUUCAAACUCUACGAAUACAUAAACAUGAAGGACCCCAUCGCUAGGACGCGUUCCCCCUAUGUCGAUCCAACAGUCAAAGGUCCCAAGUCACAGAUCUUAACCGAAGGAUAUCAGUCAGACUUUCGCAAGAUGUAUCCCUCCAACGUCAACAAGACCCCUCUUCACCCUGGCGGUGUUGCGCCGCACCAGGAACACACCGAGCUUGAGGAGGAGCUCCUUGAGACCGCGCACAUCGACUACAACCGAGUUUCCAUUAUUCCUAAUGCCUCCGUGCCCGCGCUCUAUGAAGAUGCUCUUGUCUACGAGACUGGCUCAGCCAUCACAUCUACCGGUGCCUUGACAGCAUACUCAGGCAAGAAGACGGGCCGGUCACCACUGGACAAGCGUAUCGUCGAGGAAGAUUCAUCCAAGAAUGACAUCUGGUGGGGACCUGUCAACAAGCCCAUGUCACCCGAGGUCUGGAAGAUCAACCGCGAGCGAGCGAUUGACUACCUUAAUACAAGAAACCGCAUCUACGUCGUGGAUGGCUACGCAGGAUGGGAUGAGAAGUACAGGAUCCGCGUGCGCGUCAUUUGCGCGCGUGCCUACCACGCUCUCUUCAUGAGGAACAUGCUCAUUCGCCCUUCCCGGGAAGAGCUCGCCCACUUCCACCCCGACUACACCAUCUACAACGCCGGUUCCUUCCCCGCGAACCGCUACACCACCGGCAUGACCUCGGCCACUUCAGUAGCCAUCAACUUCGCCGAGAAGGAGAUGGUCAUCCUCGGCACCGAGUACGCCGGCGAGAUGAAGAAGGGCAUUUUCACCGUCCUGUUUUACGAGAUGCCCGUCAAGCACAACGUCCUGACCCUGCACUCUUCGGCCAACGAGGGCAAGGACGGCGAUGUCACCCUCUUCUUCGGUUUGUCCGGCACCGGCAAGACCACCCUGUCUGCCGACCCCCAGCGUUCUCUCAUCGGCGACGACGAACACUGCUGGAGCGACAACGGCGUCUUCAAUAUUGAGGGCGGCUGCUAUGCCAAGACCAUUGGCCUGUCGGCCGAGAAGGAGCCCGACAUUUUCGGCGCCAUCCGCUUCGGCUCCGUCCUCGAGAACGUCGUCUUCGACCCGGAGACUCGUGUCGUUGACUACGACGACUGCACCCUCACCGAGAACACCCGAUGCGCCUACCCCAUCGAGUACAUCAACAACGCCAAGAUCCCCUGCAAGUCCGACUCGCAUCCCACCAACAUCAUCCUCCUCACCUGCGACGCCCGCGGCGUUCUCCCGCCCAUCUCCAAGCUCAACAGCGCCCAGACCAUGUUCCACUUCAUCUCCGGCUACACCUCCAAGAUGGCCGGCACCGAAGACGGCGUCAACGAGCCCCAGGCCACCUUCUCCUCCUGCUUCGCCCAGCCGUUCCUCGCCCUCCAUCCUAUGCGCUAUGCCAAGAUGCUGGCCGACAAGAUCGAGCAACACCAGGCCAACGCCUGGCUCCUCAACACCGGUUGGGUCGGCGCCGGUUUCGCCCAGGGCGGCAAGCGGUGCCCGCUCAAGUACACCCGCGCCAUCCUCGACGCCAUCCACUCGGGCGAGCUCGCCAACGUCGAGUACGAGAACUACGAGGUCUUCAACCUCCAGGUCCCCACGACCUGCCCCAACGUCCCCGCGGAGCUGCUCAACCCCAGAAAGGCCUGGACCGCCGGCACUGAGAGCUUCGAGAACGAGGUCAGGAAACUCGGCGGCCUCUUUGUCGAAAACUUCAAGAAGUACGAGAGCGAGGCGACCGAGGAGGUCAUCAAGGCCGGCCCCGUCUUGUAAAAGAAAGAGAAAAAAAAAAUUGAUUGACAGGCAUGUGUGAUGUGGGACCCCAAAAAAUUGCAUCAUUCCUCUUGCCCUUAUUCCUUUUUGUUCCAGCCUUUUUUGCGCAUAGGUUAUGGGCUCAUGGUCAGGAUUAUCAUCGCAAUUUUUCGCGAUUGCUUUUUUCUUCUUCUUUUUUCUUCUUCAUCAACUGUUUAUUCAAAAAGAAAGGGGGGCACAUGGAAAUCAACCUGCACGCCUGAAGAAACAUGGCGAUAUGUGCUAGGUGUCUAAUGGAAUCGCGGCCUGGGUAGGGCUGCAUGAGAAUCGGAGAUUCAUGAAGUUUAUAGGACAACGAAUUGAAGGGGCUGGGAUAUACCCCGCGCCGUAGGACUAGAAGAAUGAAAGUGCCUCGCUUCGC